AUCGACAAGAGCGCCAUGAAUGAACGUGUACGAACGUAGGCCUAGAACGCUAGAACCUAGCGCAUUACACUUUUGGGGCCGUACGCAGAGGAAGACUUCUUGUGGAGUUUUUACACUUCCAACCAUUCAACCAUCAGCAGUGUAGUCCUGAAGGCAAUGAAGAGGUCCCGGGUGCCAGACGCAUUUAAUAGCAGGAGAAAGUUCAGAGUCACAAGGACCUCUCACAAGUGGGAGGACUCGAGUAUUUCUGCAUCAGAGGUUCCAAGUGAUACUAAAGCAGCUCUGCUGUACUUGCGUUCCUUGGUCAACGUUGAGGUGUUUGAGAACCGCAUUCCCCCAAUCGUUUUCAAGCAGCAGGUGUACAGCAUCGUCAAGUGCAAAACGACAGCUGACAAGCACAUAAAUGACUUGAGAGAGAAAAAAGAGAUCAAGCUCUUUCGCUUGGGUAAGGAAUCAGACACUUUUGCUAUCGUCUUUACUGAUGACUACCGCGAGCAUGUCAGGAGGACUGUGCCUGACAGUUCUGCCAAGGAUCGCUUCCUGGACACGGUCCUGGAGAAGACGUCAGACGUCAGCCUGGACAGGAAGACAAUGUCAGAUCUUGGUUUCAAGGAUGAGGAGAUCACGCAAUUGCUCCAUGGGGGCGUGCUCAAUGUCAGAGAUGUGGGCAGCUGGUGGAUUGCCAUUCCAGGUGCUGGCAUUUUCAUGAAGUGUUUCAAUAAAGGAAGGGAUGCUCUGUUACGUUCGAUAAGGAAGUGCAAAUACCAGAAGAUUUUGCAGCAGGAACUGGAAGAGAGAAAACUGGCAUCAGUGAAGAAAUUAGGAAUUCGGUAUCACAUACACGACAUCAUAGGUGCAGAACUAGUGACAAGGCAAGAAACAACCUCUGGGACAAUGUUACGACUUGAUGAGUGAUUAAGCUUCAGAACUUGUUCAAUCAGGUCUGAUGACGACCUCCAUCAGGUCUCCAUAAAGUGUCAAUACUUUGCUUUCCAGUGUACACUGAAGAUAUUCUUGGUUGGUGUUGAUUUGGAAGUUUAGCGCCCUUUACAAUUUCUGGUCCUAAAUUAAAAUUCACAGGAAACUUAGUUCUGUUAAAUUCCUUUGUACUAUUUUUGUAGAUACAGAGUACUAUUUAUAUACAAAAUUAUAUGAAAUGUUGAGUAUUCUUUAGAUUGGUACAAAGAGUGAACCUAUGUGCUGCUUGCACUUGUGAUACAGCUGGUUUGGUACAGAGGCUUUGCGUGGUGGCCAUCUUGCAGGGCACUUCUUUUGUUCCAUAGGGAUACCACUUUUGUGCAUACUCUGUGGAAAAAAAGCCCUGGACUGCAAAAUGGUAGCUAUGCAAACCCUUUAUUUAGUGUCACAUGUAUGCUCUUGUGUUGGUGACUGACUUGAAGAGAAGCCAAAGACAGAUGCAUGAAAGCUGAAAUCUGUGGCAGCAUAAUUAUAACACUCAUCAACCAGUACUGUGAACACGUACAUGUAAUUGAAAUGUUUAUAGUAGCCUUUAUGACGCAUUGCAAAUGUGCUGUGUGACUCGGGCCUUGUAAAUUUGAAAGGCUGAGUCACGUCUCCUGUUUGUCAAAUUCCCUUGGUUAAUGUCUUGACACUAAUGUAAAUGCAUUCUGUAUAAUUUUAAUUUCAAAUUCAAGAAAUAUUUUGAGCGUAAUAUUUCAUUUCAAUGGACAUGAUUCUUUAAUCAUUCAUGCUGUUACAAAAACCAAGAACACUCAUUAUAUUGUUCAGUAUAUAAAAUGUGAACUCAAAGUUCACAAGAUUGCCAUAUUAAAAUAUCUCUUUGCAAUGGAAAUUGAAACAAG